CCCAGAGCUCAGGGUGUGAACGCUCACUGCUAACCCUGGCCUGCUGGAAGAAUGAGGCUCUCCGUCAUUACAGCCACCGGGCUCCUCUUGCUCUGUGCCUCAGCAUGGAUGCCGCGUGUCACAGCCAAUCCUAAAAAUUGCUGUCUGAAAGUUUCAAAGACAAGAUUACGCCUUGAAAACAUAGUUGACUACGCAGAGCAGCCAGCAGGACUGUGUCCCGUGAAAGCCAUUGUGUUCAAGACGAGGAGGGGGAAGUGGGUGUGUGCCAACCCGGAGAAAGACUGGGUAAAGAUGGCCGUGGAAAAGGUGGCGGAGAGGAAGAAAGCAAAAGGAAAGGGAAAAUCAAAGAAGAGGGGACAGGGAAAGAAAGACAGGAGAGGACAGAGCCCUGCCCCUAAAGUGACAUCCCUGCAGAACUGACUCAGAGGGGAAGGCCAGCUAGGACUGCACUGUGCUAGCAGGAAUUUUGACUUUCUCAAAAUGGCCUCCAACCACUCUGGUUCAUCAUGACCUUUACCAAAGUGCCUGUGAAGGUAGAACAGGAGAGAGUUUGAGCUGUUGCACCUCCCCCUGGUCGGGUACCUGACUGCACUCUCUGUAAUGUAAGUGCAAGGAAAAAAACAAAAAACGUCAGAAUGCAAAAUAAGUUUCUAUAUUAUAUAAGAGAAUGUCGCACUUGGUUGACACACUUUCCUUUUAAUGUUUUUUUUCUCUUGGGGAUAUUUCAUACCUGUAUUUUAACCUUGUUUUCAGCCAGUGAGAAGCUAACCUCCGCACAGGCAUAUUUACAUAUUAUUACCAUGAAAAGCCCAUGGAUAGAAAUGUAAACCAGUUGUUUGUAGCAACAGUGAUCAAACUCUGUACCUGAAGGAUAUAAGUGCAUAUUCCAGGUACAACACUGUUGUUACACCUCUUGGUAUGACGUCUUCCUUGCUGCAGUGAUUAAAAAGCGAACCAGCUAAAAUGAGAAUUGAAUGUAUGACUUUAAGCUGCAUAUCUGUUGAACUGAAUGAUGUACAUUGUAUUGGUUAUUUAUGCUGUAACUGUAAAGAAUCAUAAUUAUAUGAAUAAUAAAGAUAGAAUUACAUGGGAAAUGAAAAUAA